GAAAAGUCAAAAGACAAAAGUCAAUAACUUGAUCGUCAUCGCUGUAUUUAUUGUUUUGAAGAUUGAUAAUAUCUCCAUCGAUAUUUUGAUAUGAAAUCAACUUUUUAUAUGUAAUCUUAUCUUAACUAUAAUUUGUGUUUGAUUGUGGUAUAAUCGUUCAAUUUCAAUUUUAUCAGCAUAUCGUAAUGUAAUGUCUGUCAAUUCACUAAAGCGGAACAGUGAACGGGGGAGAUAAUUUAUUGUUAAUUCCUUUCAGCUAGUUUUCGACAAAUGUAAUUAGUUGGUCAUUAUGGAGGAUUACAAGUUUUUGUUUAAAGUAGUGCUCGUUGGAAACGCAGGUGUAGGCAAAACAUGUUUAGUGAGGAGAUUUACGCAAGGACUGUUUCCUCCGGGUCAAGGUGCUACAAUCGGUGUCGAUUUUAUGAUUAAAACAGUUGAAGUCGAUGGAGAGAAAGUAAAGUUACAAAUAUGGGACACAGCAGGUCAGGAAAGAUUUCGUUCAAUCACUCAAAGCUACUACAGAUCGGCGCAUGCUUUAAUCCUUGUGUAUGAUAUAUCUUGCCAGCCCACAUUUGACUGUCUGCCUGAUUGGCUCAGGGAAAUAGAAGAAUAUGCAAACAAUAAGGUGCUGAGGAUAUUAGUUGGUAAUAAAACUGAUAGAGAGGAUAGAGAAAUACCGCGGCAUAUAGGUGAAGAUUUUGCACAGCGCCAUGGGAUGUAUUUUCUGGAAACCUCUGCAAAGGAGGCAGAGAAUGUUGAGCGACUUUUCAUGGAGAUUGCAGUGGAAUUGAUGGAACAAGCAAAAUGCAAGGAGUUGCCAAAAUACGACGGAAGCUUAGGACCUAUAAAUGGCAAGUCAUCAUCCAUUGGUGAUACUUCUUGCUGCUUUAGGUCUUAGAUAACCUGACGAAUUUAUCUCAAUGAUAUUACUAACUUUGUAUGAGAUUAUAUUUUAUAAGCAAUCAUUUGUAGCUAUUAAUGAGUAUGAUAGAGACAACAUAUCUCACAAUUACAUAACAAUUUAGAGUAGGAUCAAGUUAUAUUGAAGUUUUGUUUAUUAUACAUAAACAUUAGAUAAUUACGGAAUUGAUCUCAAUGCAUGUUAAACUUGUAUUUACACAUUACUAUGAAUUAACUGUAUUACCUGUGUCAUUAAUCAAUAGGAUAGCAAUUAAUGAUAAUUAAAUAUUUGCCAUCAAGCAUGUCUGGUAGGUCAGUACAUAAAAUAAAAAAAUUUAAGAUGGCAACCCUGCUUGUCUUGCUUAUUAUACUACAAAUUAAUAGAAUAUUUUACUUUAUUACGGUUGUUUAGCUCUUUUAAAUGUUGUCAUCUUUACUUCUUGGAUUCUAAUUUCCAUUUAUCUUUAUUUUUUGACUCAGGUAAACAAUGGUUUAGGAAUAACUAGCCAGUGAUAAUAAGCAGGUUGUAAAUGAAAUAUUGCAAGGUGAUUGUUGACCUUUUAUUGUUAAAUGAGAAAUACAUAGAAAUUGGGAUUACUAGAAAUAAGGUCUAGGUUAUAUUUUUUUCUUAUACCUUUGUUUGUAUUAUAUGUGGUCGUCGUUCAAAAAUAUUCUUAGCAUACUUGACGAGUAAUCGUCAGAAUUAAUCUGAUUGCUAAUUAUUCUACAAUUGAUUGCUGUAUAAAGUUCUAACGGUUAAUUAUUAUAUUUGUAGAACUAAACAUUCCAUUUGCUUAUAAGAAUAAUGGACUUGUCAAAAUGUCAUACUCAGGACCUAUUUUUCUUGUUUCUAUUUUAUUGUCGCUAUGUGUCGCAUAGUAAAGGUACUUAUCUCACAAAUAAUAGAGGUUCUAGUAAAAGUAUUGUGUUCAUAUUAUUACGAUUCCUUAUAAGAAUUGUGCUGCCUCAGCUUAUGUAUUUAGUAUGAUUCAUAUUGACAAUUGAUGCAUAUCAUAAAUUUAUGCCCUUUUGACAAAGCCAUUACAUGUAGUUGUCGCGAUUUCUGUUAAUCAAUAUGUUAGGUAUAAGUAGGCACACGAAAUUGUGAGUUAGAUGAUGUAGAAACUUUUUAGUACUUUUUAAAAUACAUUGGUUAUGAAUAGAUUUCUGACGAAUAAUAAUAGUUAAAGGUUUAUAGUUAUGCAUAUAAACGUAGCUUGUUACUUAUUAUUGGACCUAUCUUGACAUACCUUUGUUUUUUGUAGAUGUGUUUUUUUUAUUGGAAUUAUUCCACAGGAAAUAUGCGCAGUAGUCUUUAUAAAAAUAACCUUCGGUUAUUAUUAGACGCAGUAAUAAAUAAUGAACGUGUACAUUGUACUGCUAGAUAAUUGGUGUAAAGUUGAUUAGAUGUUGUGAAAUGAUAUACAGGGAUAACGGAACAGACUAUUCAUAAUAAUGACAAGGUUUUGAUGGCAGCAGACUUUGAAUGUUAUGUUUUGUUCCUAUUGUAAAGUUUAACGAAUCGGUUUUUCAUGUCGAUGGUUAGAUUUUAACCUUUCAUAUAACGAUGAACGAAGUUAUCGUUUUUUUUACAGUAUAGGAGCAGAACAUAAAUGUUUCUUAUAAUAUUGCUUACAACGGAUAUAGGAUCGGAUUGUAGACUUAGAUAUAAUAAAAUUGAUAGGAAAUAUAUUUCCCUAUUUAAACUUCUCUUCAUAAAAUAUCCAUCUGUCUGGUAUAACCGAAAUUUAUACAUUUUCAAUUUGAAAUUGACUUCUGUUACAAGUAAAACCAAGUAAUGUUUACCUUAUUAUAGAAUAUAUGGGCUUAUUUAUUUACAUUUUGAUGGUCAGGGUUUUAACAAAAGCUUUAUUUUCUCUUGCGAUUAAUUUAAGUAGGAACAGUAUUUGUUAAUAUUUUGUGAUCACAGUAAUAUGAAUUGUGAAUUAUUUUAAUUUAGAAUGUAGAAAACAUUUAACUUUAUGUGUUUUGAUGAAUAAACUUCAUUUUCUUACGGCUUAUUGGAGCUCAAAUUGGAGAACAUCUAGGCCCUAGUUCAAACGAAUCACAUGCAUCUAUGCUAAUUAUCUGCAACCAAAUAAAUAUACAAUCAUUUUAUUAGUUCAUUUCUCUUUAUAUUACUGUGAUCAUUGUUCGUGUGUUAAUAGUAUUUUAUUAUUGUUAAUUUUUAACAUUAAAUGUUGUGUAAUUAUAAUGUUUAAAUUAUCGGUCUUGGUCGAUGAUGAAUUAAUUAUUUAUAGAUUUAAAUGAAACAGUAACUAGCAUGAAACUUAUUUCUUGAAAUUCAUUUGCGAUUAGUACCUUAAUUAGUGUAGUAAUAUUUAUAGAAGUACAUAAUGUGUUUGUGGUAAAACCCAAUUCACUGUCUAACUAACAUUCAUACUAUGAAAUCAAUUUUCUUUUCGUAUUAUAUAAAAUCAUAUUUUUUAAUGUAUUUUUUUUUAAUACAAUACAAUGGGCAUAAUGAUUUUUAAUCAUCACAAUAACCUAAUUUGUUGUUGGUGGUUUAUAAUGUUACUUGGUGUUGUUUUUAAAGACUUCUUUAGCUAAUAUUUUAGGUACUAGCAAUUUAGUCCGUUAUUAUCAAAAAUCUAUAGCCAAAUGCAAAUACGAAUAAUUUAAUAUGAUGUUUAAAUAUAUUUAAUAAGCAAACUUUGAACAGUACGCGUAGUUUUUGUUUUACCUAGAGUUUGUCGAAAGAACCUCACCUACAAACUUACACCGUUUGGUGAUAAUACGUUAUUAUUUUUUCAACUGAAGCUUAUUUUGGGAAAAUUUAAAGACAAAGAUACAACAAAAGGGUUGUUCAUGUGUUUAUGUGUCCUUUGAUUGUCCAGUGUAAGUGGAAGAGUCAGGAGUUUGUGUCCAUAUCAGGAAAGCAUUACCCAACUUACCCUUCGAAGUUAAUGUUAUAAAGAUUGGCAUUAUAGGUUUUUGAUAUAAUCGGAUAUUAUUAUAAGUCAUAUUUUUUAUGGUUCUACUUUGUGCAAUUGUGCUGUUGGUCUUUAUUAAUCUUAAUGUUCGUUGUAAAAUGUUCUUUCAUAUUUAUUAAUUAACGCUUAUUGCUCUUUGAAAAUAUUUUAAGUGGUACACUUGUGUGUUUAAUUUUAUAAUUUCACUUUCAAAAUGUGUGCUAUUUUUGAGAGGGCCGAAUAAAUGAUAGUGUCUUCGAAAAUUGACCAUCAAAUAAUCAUUAAUGAAUUCAAAAAUUGUUUAUGUUAAAUUGUUUUGUUAUUUUAGAGUUAUUUUAUUCGAGUUUGAUGUUUUUCGCUCUUUUUCACAGAUUUGGUAGGCACACUGCAAACUUAGCAUUAUAACACAUAUUGUUUUUUAUUCAUCUAGGUCAACAAAAUAUAAUUGUUUUACGAUUAAUUUACCUACUUACCUAUUUUUUUAUUUUUAUACAUUGUAGAUGCUUAAAUUAUUUUUUGAUCCCAUGUGAUGUCUACACUAAUGCAUGAAUAUAUUUAUUUUUUCUAAUAGAUCUGGUGUAAUAAUAAUUAUCAUUAUUCGUGUCAUUUAUAAUUUAAAGUAAACAUCACCAAAGAAUUUGAAAUAUUGUAAUACUCGCAAUUAAUAAAGGAUAUCACUUUAA